GUGAGGGAGAAAGAAAAAUAAUCUUUUCAAAUCUCCUCCCUCUUUUUUUCCCCCCUCGUUUCUUUGCUUUUCUCUAAAGCUCUGUGGUCUGUGAAACAGUCUUUUCUUCUUCCUCGUCGGGAAAAUGGAGACACUUCGUCUCUCUCCUGGCUGUGCAGCUGGGAAGGAUUUUUCUCUUUUUUCCUUUUUCGCUCAUGGCUUGAUUUUUUCCUUUCCCCCAUCCACUCGCCACCACCCUAAUCUUGUCUUUUCUUUGAGCUUGUGUUUCAGAUUUGUACCUUCUGGGGAUUUAUUUUUCACUCAUUUCCUCGUUUUCGCUGUCGCCACUAGAUUUUAUUUUAUUUGUUUGGUUUUUCCUUUGCAAUUUUCUCCGAAUCGCUCCGUGCCUCCUGCUUUUAACCGAGGAAUGGAAACGGUGUCGCUUUUUGUGGGUGCGCGAAAUGCUCGGGCGAGAACGCAAAUGAGGUCUGGUUGUUCCUGUGUAGGAGCUUCCUUCACUGAAUCCGAAGUUGCCUGUUGGAUAGGAACCUGAGAGAACUGACAGGUUGUCAUGGAUGAUGAUGAUGAUGAAUCCUGUCUCCUUGAUCUUAUUGGGGACCCACAAGCACUGAAUUAUUUUCUACAUGGACCUAGUAGUAAAUCUAGCAAUGAAGACUUGACUAAUGCAGAAUAUUCUGUAGCCAACUCAAAUUCAAUUUUCGCCAACUCCAAUAACACUGAUCCUAAGUCAUCUGUAAAAGGUGUAAGUGGUCAGCUUGGAGAGGGGCCUAGUGAUGGACUGCAGUUGUCCAGUAGCCUUCAGUUUCUUGAAGAUGAACUUGUGUCUUCUCCUUUACCUGAUCUUACUGAGGAUCAGCCUUUUGAUAUUCUUCAGAAGUCCUUGCAGGAGGCCAAUAUUACUGAACAGACUUUGGCAGAAGAGGCAUAUUUGGAUGCCAGUGUAGGUUCUAGCCAACAGUUUGCACAAGCUCAGCUUCAUCCUUCUUCAUCAGCAUCCUUUACUCAGGCUUCUAAUGUUUCUAAUUACUCAGGUCAGACGUUGCAACCUAUAGGAGUUACUCAAGUGGUACAGCAACCUGUUGGAGCAUCUUUUGCAAGCAAUACAGUCGGUGUGCAACAUGGCUUUAUGCAACACGUUGGAAUUAGUGUUCCUGGCCAGCAUUUGUCUAAUAGCAGCCAGAUUAGUGGUUCUGGGCAGAUACAGCUGAUUGGUUCCUUUAGUAAUCAACCUUCCAUGAUGACCAUCAAUAACCUCGAUGGAUCUCAGAUCAUACUGAAAGGCAAUGGUCAGCAAACACCUGCAAACAUGAGCAGUGGCCUCUUGGUUCAUAGACAAACUCCAAACGGGAACUCGCUGUUCAGUAACUCAAGUUCAAGUCCAGUAGCACAACCCGUAACUGUUCCAUUUAACAGCACAAAUUUUCAGACUUCAUUGCCUGUCCAUAAUAUCAUCAUUCAAAGGGGUUUGGCACCAAACUCUAACAAAGUUCCUAUUAAUAUCCAACCAAAGCCUAUUCAGAUGGGUCAGCAGACUGCUUACAAUGUGAAUAACUUGGGAAUACAGCAACAUCAUGUACAGCAAGGGAUUCCAUUUGCUUCUGCAAACUCACCUCAAAGUUCAGUAGUUGGUCCUCAUAUGUCUGUUAAUAUUGUUAAUCAACAACAAAAUACAAGAAAAUCAGUUGCACCUCAGACAGUUAGCAAUGCUGGAGGUAGUAUAGUUAUCCAUUCUCCUAUGGGACAGCCUCCUGCACCUCAAAACCAGUUUCUCAUACCUACAAGUUUGUCUGUUAAUUCUAAUUCAGUUCAUCAUGUCCAGGCCAUAAAUGGACAACUUCUCCAGACUCAGCCUUCCCAGCUGGUUCCUGGCCAAGUGUCUGCUGAGCAUGUAAUGCUCAACAGGAACUCUACAAACAUGCUAAGAGCCAACCAGUCAUAUUCAGGACAGAUGCUGAAUAAUCAGAACACAGCUGUUCAGCUUGUUUCAGGCCAGACAUUCACAGCUCCUGGAAACCAAGUUAUAGUAAAUCAUGGAACUUCCCAAAUUGUUGGUGGACAGGUGCCACUGCAGCAGGCGUCGCCAACCGUGUUGCAUUUGUCACCCAGCCAAGCUAACGUUUCUCAAGGCAGAUCGAGUUUUACCACCAUGUCACCUGGGCAGUCCACAGUCUCAAAUAUGUCAGCUUCUAACAGAUUUGCUGCUGCAAGUUCUUCUGGUUCAGUACACCCCAGCCUGGGAACAUCAGUGCAGUCUGUCGCGUCGGGAGGGAACUUUACAGGUGAUCAGCUGGGCCAGAGCAGAGCUCAAGUUGCUGUCAGUGCAUCUCAUCGUCUUCCAGCGUCCUCCUCCAAGUCUGUCAGCACCUUCAGUCACACCUCUGUGGGAGUAACACAGCAACAGUUUGCUUUUGGGCAGAAAAAGGCUGUGAACCAGACAUCACCAAUUUCUGCAUCGAAGACACAGGACAAUUUGAGACAGCCUCAGCUAACAAGUCUUCUGGGCAACACACUAUCAGGACAGGACUCUGGAGGAAAAAUCAUACAACAAUCUCUAGGAACAGCACAGCCACAAGAAAAAGUGGUAGGAUCAUCAUCAGUUCAGCAGAGUAUACAGGUGGAUGGUCAUUUAGUUGGACAGAAAAGGCCUGCUGCUAAACAGUUAACUAAAGGAGCUUUUAUUCUGCAGCAAUUACAGAAGGAUCAGGUACAUGCUGUGACACCAGAUAAAAGUCGGUUCAGAUCAUUAAAUGAUGCAGUUCAGAGACUCCUUUCAUACCACGUGUGCCAGGGAUCGCUGCCAACAGAAGAAGAUUUAAGAAAAGUGGACAAUGAAUUUGAAUCUGUAGCUACACAGCUUCUGAAGAGGACGCAAGCUAUGCUGAACAAAUACAGAUGUUUGCUUAUAGAAGAUGCAAUGCGGAUAAAUCCCUCUGCAGAAAUGGUUAUGAUUGAUAGGAUGUUUAACCAGGAGGAAAGAGCAUCUCUGACCCGGGAUAAGCGUCUUGCACUUGUGGAUCCUGAUGGUUAUCAGGCUGAUUUUUGUUGUUCUGCCAAACAAUUUGAGAAAACAGCUGAUGAAGCACAGUCCAGCAAAAGUGACCAUCAGUCUAGCAAAACAUUACCUUCUCGAAGUCAGUCUACCAAAACCCAAGCCAGAGAUCGACCAAAAUCCAGCUCAGCAGAGUCCACGAAUCACAGUAAACUUCCUCUAGUGCCUAACAACAUUCUGACACCACAAGAAGGAAAAGCUUCCUCUAAAAAAUCUGAGAGCCUCACUAAAGCUUUAAAGUUUGAAAAAGCUAAUUGUUCUUCUGAGAGCCAAUAUGUGGCCCUUUCUGAAGAAAGGAUGAGUGGGAAAGAUCUUGCCAAGUCCACUGAGAAUUCUUCGAGUUCUGAAGACUUGUCAAAAAUUGUGUCAAGAGGCAGUCAAGGAACACACAAUAAAAUAUCAAGGAACACAGUUCAGCCUUUCUCAAAGGUAACGUGUAAUAAUUCACUUCAAGACAAAACUCUGAGGAGCUCUCCAAAGAAUGAGGUUUUGCAUCCUGAUAACAGGAAAGGCUCUGGUGAAUCCCAGCAAGACUUACUGCUCAGUAAGAGUUUAGAAACUACGUUUAAAAACAUCUUGGAACUUAAAAAAGCUGGGAGGCAGCCACAAAAUGAGGCGACAAGUAGUGGCUCGGUUGACUUAGAGUUCCCUAAUUUUUCACCUAUUGCUUCACAAGAGAACUGCCUGGAAAAAUUUAUUCCAGACCACAGUGAAAGUGUUGUAGAAACUGACUCUAUUUUAGAAGCAGCUGUAAAUAGUAUCUUAGAGUGUUAAUAGUUAGAGUACCAUGGACAAGUUAUGUUUCUCUUAGCAGAAGCAAAUGUGAAUGACACCACAAGUACAGCCUGACAUGCAUUUAAGGUUAACCUUUCUAAACUAGAUUCUGUUCUGUGUUUGAGAGCAAUACUCAUUGUGGUUACAGUGAGAUAUCCAAGUAAAGUUAAUCCUUGUUAGAAUGCAGUCUGUUAGGGCCUUACUGUUUCAAGUAUUAUUAUGAUAGUGCUUUUGAUAAUUGAGCAGUACUGCAACAUAACAGGGUUGCAGAUUGUUAGGCCCUAUAUAAUACGGUAUAAUAUACUGACAAUCACAGUCAUUUGAAAGGAUAUAUUUAUUGAGGAAAUGUUUUUAAAGAGUGAUGGAAGCAACAAUUCUCCCCUACCCUUCUCUUCCACAAAUCAUCAAAAUUUUAGUUUUUCUGGAAAACCCACUGUACCUCUAUUCAGAAGUGAUUAUUUGCUUUGUUAACGAAUCUGAAUUCUAGGAUUCUUAAGUUGGAAGGAAAUCAUCAGUGUGUUUACAAGGCUUCAUAAUUUAAACUUUAAGUGCUUUUCUAUUGCUUUCUGAGCAGAAACUAGUACUUGAUAUAUUUGUAGUGGGUAACUUUAGUCUGUGGGAUGAUAUUAUAUGAUCUUAGUCACAGUGGCAUGAUAUGGAAUAAUAAAUGCUUGACUAAGGAAGGUAGAAUGGAAGCCAGUAAAUAGCAAAGUGUACAGGAUGAGGCCAUGAUAGAGCCAUGAAUUUAUAUAUAUAAUACAUAUAUGUUAUCUCUUGAGGAAAAGAUUUUGCAUUUUAUAAUUGGAUGUAGUCAGCCUUGAGUCUUUCUGAAGUGGUAUAAAUGUUUUUUUUUUAUUUGUUGUUUGGUUUUUUUUUUAGACCAAGUGUCAAAAGCACUUUUAUUUGAAAACUGUAUUUGUAGCUUAUAUUUUAAGAGGAUGUUAGCCUUACUCUGAUUAAAUUUAAAGGCCAGUGUUUAUUUUUGAUUUCUUUUUUUGCUUUUUGCUGUCAGAGAAUGUUAAAUCAUCCACCGUAGCAGUCAUAAUUAUCAAGAUAUGUACAGACCAAAGUUGAUCAGCAAUCCCAUUGUUUAAACAUAUCAAAAAGUGUGUAAUUAUUAAUUCAUAUUGUAAAGCCAAGUGAAACCAUUGCAUGGUUUGUAUUUGGCUUGCUGUCAUGUUGUUGAGAUAGACUCUUAUUAUUUUAUUUAUUUAUUUUAAUCUAUGACUUUUUUUUUUUGCUGCCCAUGCUGCUUUGUUCUAGUUUACUUUGGUCAUGAGUGCUUUUGUGCACAUAAGCGCGCUGACGUUCGUCACGUGUGUGUAGUACAUAUGUCUGCUCAGGAGGAUACAGCUUUUGUGGUUUCUAAGGUAUGCUCAUGUUCUCCCCCAGAACUUCUCCACCAUUUCUC